AUGAGUCAAGAGGGAAAACCGCCGUACCCCCCGUUUACCGCCGAGACGGCACGGAUCAAGGUCAAGGCAGCGCAGGACGCAUGGAACACGAGGGGUCCUGAUGACGGCGGGCUGGCUUACACGGCCGACUCGGUCUGGCGGAACCGCGACCAGUUUUUCCAAGGCCGUGACGCCAUCCGGGAAUUCCUCUCCGGGGAGUGGGAGAAGGAGCGGGAAUAUCGCCUGCGGAAGGAAUUAUUUGCCUUUGGGGACAGUACAAUCGCGGUCCAGUUCUGGUACGAGUGGCACGAUCAGUCUGGCCAGUGGUGGCGCAUCUACGGACUUGAGGACGGGACCUUCGCAGACAAUGGCUUGACGAGGAAGCGUCAGAUGAGCGCAAAUGACGUCAAGACUGCCGAGGGAGAGCGAACGGCGUCGACGUGA